CGAACCCUAGGCCCGCCAAACUCUCACACAGAGACAGAGAGAACAGAGAGUUCUGAUCGAUGCGGCGGUGGUGGUGCGCCGCCGCCGGCCUCGGCCGCCGCGUCCUCUCGUCCUCCUCCUCCGCCUCCGCCUCCGCCGUCGCCUCCCAUGCCCGCCCGCUGCCGCCACCCCUGCUCCCAAAACCCCCCUCUUUCACCGUCGCUUUCUCCUUGUCCUGCCGCCGGCAUCACUCCCUCCACGCGCCUCUUCCCCAGGGGUUCUUCCACCCGGCCAUCGCUUCCUCCUUCCGCCCUCCGUCGGCGCUUCAGCAGCAGGUGCGGCACUACGCCAAGAAGGAGGGGAGGUCGCGCGCGCCGCUCACGCCCACCAAGUCCAAAGUCAAGAAAUACAAGAUGAAGGCCCCCUCGUCCAUGAAGUUUAGAUUCAGAACCAUGAACGACGGGCAGAUCCGCAGGUGGAGGGCGGGCAAGCGCCACAAUGCGCACCUCAAGUCUAAGCAAGCAAAACGAAGACUUCGGAAGCCUGCAUUGGUGCAUUUAGCUUACGCAAAGGUUAUAAAGAAGCUCAACUUCUGUGGGUAGGAAAUAAAGGAAGAUGUUGCGGAGUUUGGCAUGGGUACUGACUGCCACCCGCUGCAUCCACAUGCAAAUUGUAAACGCUGGAGUCUCGAUGGACUAGUUUGAAUUCUUACUUUUGUCAUUUGAUGCACUGUCUUCAGAUGUUGUGCUCUCAUCUGUUUCUACUGAUGCGAAGCUGUUUGUUUUCUGCUAAAUGAUAUAAAGUUGCGCUGCAUUCUGUUAUGCGCACAAUCUCAGAGAAAUUCAUCAGAGUCAUGUGGAAACUCGCUUCAGUAAAAAAA